AUGUCAUCUGGGGACAACAGCUCGGAGGUGACUGAGUUCAUCCUGGUGGGCUUCUCUGGCUCACUGGGCCUGCACCUGGGCCUGCUGGUGCUGUUUCUGUUGGCCUAUAUGCUGACCGUCACAGAGAACCUGGUCAUCAUUGUGGUCAUCCGCGCCAGCCCCGCACUGCACAAGCCCAUGUACGUGUUCCUCAGCAACUUGUCCUUCCUGGAGGCCUGGUACGUGUCCGUCACUGUGCCCAAGAUGCUGCUCAGCCUGGCAGCGCCCCAGUUCCGCCGCAUCUCCUUCUCAGGCUGCAUGGCGCAGCUGUACUUCUUCCUCGCACUGGCAUGCACUGAGUGCGCCCUGCUGGGCGUCAUGGCCUAUGACCGCUACGUGGCCAUCUGUAACCCCCUGCGCUACCCGACCAUCAUGAGCCCCAGUCUGUGCGGCCUCCUGGCGGCCGGCUCCUGGCUGUCUGGCUUCUCCAUCUCCCUGGGGAAGGUCUUCUUCAUCUCACGCCUGGGCUACUGCGGCCCGAACGUCAUGAACCACUUCUUCUGCGACGUGUCACCACUGCUGAACCUGGCGUGCUCUGACAUGUCCGUGGCCGAGCUGGUGGACUUCCUGCUAGCGCUGCUUAUUCUUCUGGGACCGCUGCUGCUCACCAUCUUCUCCUACACGGCCAUCAUCAGCACUGUGCUCCGCAUCCCGUCUGCCUCCGGACGCCAGAAGGCCUUCUCCACCUGCGCCUCCCACCUGGCUGUGGUGGUCAUCUUCUACUCGGCCUCCCUCUUCAUCUACGCCCGCCCACGCGCAAUCUACUCCUUCAACUUCAACAAGCUGGUGUCUGUGGUCUACACCGUGCUAACCCCCAUGCUCAACCCAAUCAUCUACUGUCUGCGCAACCGCGAGGUCAAGGAGGCCCUGGACAAGGUGGCCCAGAGAGUGGCCCACGCCCUCGGAGCCUCCUCCUCCUAG